AAAAUAUUACUAUUCUUCUAGAUUGUCAUGGUGCCUAAAGGUUGAAUUUGUUUUUAAGUUUCAUAAUUUUCCUGAAGUAAAUCCAAUUUAAUAGGCAAAAUGAAUAGAAUAGUUUUAAAUCGUUGUCGGUGUUUAAAAAAAUCCACAUUAUUAUGGGAGACUCGGCAGUAUCAAAAUUUUCCAUACAUUACUCUUUCAAGGUCAUUAUCCUAUUACACAACUCAACCCAUUGGAUUGCAGUAUGAUAUAAGCCAGAAACCUUUCAAUAGAAAAGUGUACAACCCUGCUUAUGUAAGAACAAUAGCAACAAGUAAAUGUUAUUAUGAUAAAGAACCCCUGAAACCAUCUUCUAAAGUUGAGGCCACUGUUGAAACUAUAAAAAAAGAAAUUGAAGAAAAAGAAAAAUUGCCAAAGAAGGAGGAAAAAAAGAAAAGCAUAAAAGAAAAGAUUAUGAAUGAAUUGAAACAUUAUUAUCAUGGUUUCAGGCUGCUCUUUAUUGAAGUGAGAAUAUCAGCAACAUUGUUGUUCAAAAUAUUAAAGGGCCAAUCUUUAACCCGAAGAGAGCAUAGAUUGUUGGUUACAACCAUUGGUGACUUGUUCAGAAUGGUGCCCUUUAUUGUAUUUAUAGCAGUACCAUUUUUGGAAUUUGCUUUACCAAUUUUCAUAAAAUUAUUCCCUAAUAUGUUGCCAUCCACAUUUGAAAGCAGAAGUCAAACAGAAGCAAAGUUAAAACAGCACUUAAAAGUAAAAUUAGAAAUGGCUAAAUUCUUUCAAGAAACGCUUGAUCAAAUGGCUCCACAAGCAGGCAAUAGGCAUUCAGAGCUAGCUAAAGAGUUUUCUACUUUUUUUACUAAAGUCAGAACUUCAGGAGAUGUUGCAACAAGUGAAGAAAUAAUGAAAUUCUCAAAACUCUUUGAGGAUGAAAUUACAUUAGAUUCUCUUCAGAGACCCCAUUUAGUUGCAUUAUGUAAAGUGUUGAAUGUGUCAACAAUUGGAUUAAGUGCCAUGUUGCGAUUUAAUUUGAAAAUGAAGUUGAGAUCAUUAGCUGCAGAUGAUAAAAUGAUUGCUAAGGAAGGUGUGGACAGUUUAAAUUUCGGUGAGUUGCAACAGGCUUGUAGAAGCAGAGGUAUGCGAGCUUAUGGUGUAUCUGAAGAGCGAUUAAGAAAAGAGUUAAGAAAUUGGCUUGACUUGUCAUUAAAUGAGAAAGUUCCACCAUCACUGCUUCUAUUAUCGAGGGCCUUGAUGGUACCUGAACAUGUGCCUACAACAUAUAAAUUAAAGGCAACAAUAUCAGCUUUGCCAGAACAAGUUGUUACACAGACAAAGGCUGCAAUUGGUGAGAAAGAGGGCAAACUUGACUUUAAGACUAAAGCAGAAGCCAUUAGAUUGGAAGAAGAAAAGAUUAAGGAAGAGAAAAAAGAAAUGCUAGAAGCAGAAAGAGAGAAACAAAUACUUGAGGCUAAAAAGAAAGAGAAAGAGGAACUUAAGGACAAAGCACCAAUUCUUGAUGAAGAGAGCACUCCUGUCAUGGUUGACCCAGCACCAAUUUUGGCCGUUGAUACUCCUCUGUCUAAACCAGAGGAAGGCCUGUCUAGCAAAGACAUGGAAGUGAUUGAAGAUGCUUUAGAGAAAUUAGCUGAACAGAAGAAGUCUCUCCUUCUAGAAAAGGAGAGUAUUCAAGAGUUGAAGGGAGAGUUACUGGAUUAUAGUGAAGAUGUUGAGGAGAUGCAAGAGAUUGUGAAAACCAAGCAGGCUGACAUCAAAUUAACUAAAGGAGCCAGAAGAUUAUACAAAGCAGUUAAUAAUAUGAUAGGCAAAUUAGAUUCGGCGCUUAUUGAACUGGAAAACAAAGAGAAAGCUAUUUUAACGACACUUGAACAAACCAAAACGGAGCCUCAGAAAGCCAAGGAGCAUUUGAUCCAGAUCGAUGAACUGAUGCAUUCCAUUAAGAGUCUACAGAAAGUGCCUGAUGAAGCAAAAUUGAAACUUAUCCAGGAUGUCCUUGGAAGAUUAGACGAUGAUUUUGAUGGGCAGUUGAAGAUUGAUGAUGUCUUGAAGAUGUUAGAAAUAAUAGGCAACGAAAACGUAAAUCUAUCAGAGAAGCAAAUGGCGGAGUUGAUAGAGCUGUUAGAUAAAGAAGAGAUCCUAGAAGUUGAGAGUAAGAUACAAAAGGCAUUGAACAAAGCUGCAACAGCCGCCAAGGAACAAGAUAAGACCAGUGAAUCUGAUGGAAGGAGCCUAUUCGAUCUGAUCCGAGAAGCGCAAAAACGACGAGAAAUGAAGAAAGCAGUUGAGAAGUUUGGUGAGCAACGUAACAUGCCUAAGAGUGAAGAUAUUGUUACAAAUCAAGAGGACAAGACCAAACGACCGGAGAGCCACAACAAACCUUGACUUCCCUAGUGUAAACAAUUUUAUUUCUAGUAAUGUUGUAAAUAAAUAUGUUGUGUCAAUCGGUUUAGGGGUUCAUGCUUUCAUGCCAUUUUGCUAUGGCAAAUUUGCAUGAAUGCCGGUUAAGAGUUUGAAUAAGGUAUUUGACUAUUGUUCGAAAAUAUGUUCCGUGUUGUUUUUUCUGUAAGACUAUUUAUCAAUUCAGUAAGAUGAUGUCAAGAUACGAAGUGUUUAAUUUAAGUAAUAAUUAUUUUUCGCUAAAGUUUUGAUGAUAAUGGAGAAAAUUGAACUAUGCAACGUCGUAUGUUGUAUGAAAUAUCCCGUGAAUAGUCAAGUACUCUUUUCUUUCUCUAUGUUUUGUUCUAGACCAGACAUAAAUGGUGCGUUUUGUGUUGCGACGUAUAUGUACGUAGAAAAAUUUAUUAAUGUGUUACCUUUAUGACAAUAACCAUUUUGAAUUUUAAAACACGUAAUCACAUAAUUGUGUACAUAAUUAUUAUAUAUUAAAAAUAUAAUAUCGAUUCCACACCGUACAAAGUAACUGUUUGUAUAAUAUGUUUUUAUUCUUUGGUAUUUAUGGUUCUGUUUAUUUUGGUUAUUUCAGAGAUUUAUUGUUAUUAUUUAUGCAUUUCUGUGAUCAAUGUUCAGUAAGUUUAUUUUAUUUAGUUUAAAAGUAUUAGCACAAAUUGUUGCUUAAUGUUAUAUCCAUACACUUCAAACCAAUUAUCAAUUCAUAAUUUCGAUUACUCAUUCACUACGACCUAAUUCACGUCAAAAAGGACAUCUUAUCUUUAUGGUAAUUAGUCGUUUUGGAGUAUAUAAAAAGUUUUAGAAAAAGUUAAUAUUACAAUGAAUAAUGAUAUUUAUAAUUAGUUUGUAUUAAAAUAACUUAAUUAAACUAAUUGUUUUAAAAUAUAAAUAAAAUAAUGUCAUAACAACUUAAUUUUCAAAGCAAUAUCAUGUUCAUCAAAAAGGAAAGGUUUUAUUUUAAUUUAAUGAAUGUACAAUGAAACCACUAUAAAAACUGAAUUUUACCACCGUUUUCGUAUAAUAUUUGGUCUCGUUACCUUUCAAGCUCACAAUGAAAUGAAUAUUGGUAAAGUAAAAUAUGGUACAGUAAAAUAUAUAUUUCAUAGGAACAUCCAAUAAAUACUACAUCUGUAGUUACAUUAAAAAUAAUAUUUGCAUAAAAUGCAAAACAUAUUUAUACAUUUCUCUGAAAAUAUAACAUGUAUUUAUAUUGGUUUAUAUUUAUAAAAAAGAAGCGUAAAAGCGAUGUAUAAAUGAAUUUCGUUUUGAAUAAAUGUGCUGACAAGCUGUAAAAUGUUACGAUAAUACAGAUGUCUUAAGAUAA